GCGUUUGGUGGACCGGAGUCGAAUUUGUAAACCGGCCGAAGUCAAUUUCCCGUGAUGGCUAUCCCUGCACCACCGUCGAGCUCCGCCGCUUCCGGCGGUUAUCAGAACCCUAAGAGAUCGUUAGGUUUCUUUGCAAACGCAAUGAAGAGGAAAGAUAGCUUUUUACAAUUCUUCGCCAUGACAGGAAUUCUUCUUCUGAGUGUGAGAUCGCUUGGGCAAAAGUACCGCAUAAACAACCUCGAGGAGGAUAACGCUGCGCUCAAGGAAGAACAAGAAGGCCUUGUUCACCGAAUGAACAAUAUCAAGCAAAGCCUACUUGCUGAAGCUGCUAGUGAGCCCACUGGUGCCUUUGUUUCCCGCCUUCGCCGCCUCUUUGGUGAUGAAAGCUGAAACAGUUGAGUUCGUUGUUCUGUCUGAGUUUGUAUUUCAUAUAUAUCUGAUAUAGGAUGUCCAAUUUUAGCAGAAUUGAUAGAUUUUAGAAUUUUGGAUUUUGUAGACUUCAUCUUGACCUUGAGUGUUAAAUGUGAAGCCUUGUAUCUUCAGAUAUCUUAAUUUUUCAUUUCU